AUGGAGCAAUGGGCGUACUACCUCUGCCUCUUCUUGGCUCUCCUCCUCCCUCUCCUGCUCCUCAACCUCAGGCUCAACACCAAGCGUCCCGGCGUGCGUCUGCCACCAGGCCCAUGGCGGCUGCCGGUCAUCGGCAGCCUGCACCACCUCGCCGGUAACCCGCUCGUGCACCGUGUCAUGGCCGACCUCGCGGGCCGGCUGGACGCGCCGCUCAUGUACCUCAAGCUCGGGGAGGUGCCGGUCGUGGUGGCCACGUCCCCGGAGGCCGCCCGCGAGAUCAUGCGGACGCACGACGUCGUCUUUGCGACACGGCCUUGGAGCCCCACCAUGAAGAUCAUGAACUCCGAAGGGGAAGGGCUGGUAUUCGCACGCUACGGCACCCCGUGGCGGCAGCUCCGCAAGAUCUGCAUCCUGGAGCUUCUCAGCGCGCGCCGCGUGCAGUCGUUCCGCCACAUCAGGGAGGACGAGGUCGGCCGCCUCGUGGCCGCCGUCGCGGGGGUGCCGCCUGGGGAGCCAGUGAACUUGAGCGAGCGGAUCGCCGUGCUCAUCACCGACUCGGCGGUGCGCGCCAUGAUCGGGGACAGGUUCAAGAGGCGGGAGGAGUUCUUGCAGACGCUCGAGGAAGGGGUCAAGCUCGCCACCGGGUUCAACCUUGGCGACUUCUUCCCAUCGUCGUGGCUCGCCAACUUCAUCAGCGGCACGGCACGGCUGGCGGAGGAGAACCACCGCAAGAGCUACGAGCUCAUGGAGUACGCGAUCAAGCAACACGAGGAGCAGAGGGCCGCCGCCUCGGCGAACGGCGACGUGGAGGAAGGAGAGGACCUAGUGGGCGCGCUCUUGAGGAUCCGCAAGGAAGGUGGCCUCGACGUGCCUCUUACCAUGGGAAUGGUCAAAGGAGUCAUACUUGAUUUAUUUGGCGCUGGGAGCGAGACAUCAGCUACCACGCUUCAAUGGGCCAUGUCAGAGCUCAUGAGGAACCCAAAUGUAAUGCGGAAAGUACAAGCUAAAGUACGCGGAAACCUCCAAGAAAAGCAUAAAGUGACCGAGGAUGACUUGACCGAUCUCAAGUACCUCAAACUCGUCAUCAAGGAGACAAUGAGGUUGCAUCCAGCCGCACCAUUGCUUCUCCCUAGGGAGGCCAGUGAGCCUUGCAAAAUCCUCGGGUACGAUGUACCCAAAGGUACCACGGUGUUGGUGAAUGCGUGGGCGAUUGGCAGAGACCCAAGGCACUGGGAAGACUCCGAGGAGUUCAAACCAGAAAGGUUCGAUUCUGGCACGAUUGACUUCAAAGGCACAGACUUUGAAUACAUACCGUUUGGGGCGGACCGGAGGAUGUGCCCUGGAAUGACGUUUGCUCAAGCCAACAUGGAGAUCGUGCUCGCCGCACUGGUCUACCACUUCGAUUGGGAGCUCCCGAAUGGGGCGAAGCCUGAUGGGUUGGACAUGACAGAGAAGAUGGGAGUAACUGUUCGGCGGAAGAACGAUCUGCAUCUAUACCCUGUGGUCCGCGUGCCUCCGAUUUGA